GUAGCAAGUUCGGUUUAAUUCGCUUGCUAAAAUUUGUUGACAAUUAUUUUAAAAUAAGGCACAUUAAAAAAGAAGCAGUUUUGGUUGUACUUCAAAACUAGGAUUCAGAAAAUUGGAAAGCAACUACUCGGGACCGUUGAGUAUACGAAGCAGCAGUCGUAAGGCAUAAAACGGGGUUGCAAACUGAAGUGAGAUGUUCAAAAACACUUUUCAAAGUGGUUUCCUUUCCAUUUUGUACAGCAUUGGUUCUAAGCCUCUGCAAAUUUGGGAUAAGCAGGUUCGAAAUGGGCACAUAAAAAGAAUCACAGACAAUGAUAUCCAAUCCCUCGUACUGGAAAUAGUCGGAACAAAUGUUAGUACAACGUACAUAACAUGCCCUGCUGAUCCCAAGAAAACCCUUGGCAUAAAGUUACCUUUUCUGGUCAUGAUAGUUAAAAACAUGAAAAAAUAUUUCAGUUUUGAAGUUCAGGUAUUGGAUGAUAAGAAUGUCCGUAGACGGUUUCGAGCAUCAAAUUACCAGUCAACAACUAGGGUAAAGCCUUUUAUAUGCACUAUGCCAAUGAGGUUGGAUGAUGGAUGGAAUCAGAUUCAAUUUAAUCUCAGCGACUUUACCAGGAGGGCAUAUGGUUCAAACUAUAUGGAAACCUUAAGAGUGCAAAUCCAUGCAAAUUGUAGAGUUCGACGAGUCUACUUUUCUGACCGAUUAUAUUCAGAGGAUGAACUUCCUGCAGAAUUUAAGCUAUAUUUGCCAAUACAGACCAAAAGAAAUGCUGUAAAUUAAUAGUGGGUGGAGCUACCUACAUAAUUAAAUUUAUCUUUGGAUGCAAAAUAUGGAAGCAUGCGUUUUGUUUUAAAACUCUGUUUAUCACACUCAUUAGCACUUUGGUGUCAUUAGCACCAAAAAAGUGAAGGUUUUUCAUUUAUAAUUUUGUAAAUGGACUUUAUUCCGUGUUGGAAAUCUUACUUUUAAUAUUUAAGUUACAGAAUUAAAGGAGUAUUGUCUUGGUUGUUCCGAAAAAAUGUUGAGAAAGUAUGUACGCUCUUAACAAUCAUUUAUACCAUAUUACCGUGUAUCUAAAAUUAAAAUUCAACAAGGCUAUUACAUGAAAUUUUAGGAUAUGAGUACAAUAAAGUGUACAUCAUUUUCUCACAUCGAGGUUGCCUUUCCUAUUUUGUGUUUUUCUAUACCUAUAAGAAAGUACGGCUAGAUUGUAACAUAAAGGAAUUGCUUGGAGAUUAAUAAUACCACAGUAAACGGUAAUAAAGAAUGACUGUACUCAUCAGUUGUUUGUCUGUUCACAAAUA